AACCAAACAGUUGGGAGUUGCUUGUUGGUACAGAAUGCAGGUCCAGGAAUUGCUUUUCAUUGCCGCGGUCCUGAUGCCCCAAUGCCUGAGGGCCUUGCGCUACAACCACCAGGGCACCGGCGACGAGAACUGCGAGACAUUAAAGUCGGAGAUCCAUUUGAUCAAGGAGGAGUUUGACGAACUGGGACGCAUGCAGAGGACCUGCAAUGCCGAUGUGAUAGUCAACAAAUGCGAGGGACUGUGCAACAGUCAGGUGCAACCAUCGGUGAUAACACCGACGGGGUUUCUGAAAGAGUGCUAUUGCUGUCGCGAGAGUUUCCUCAAGGAAAAGGUCAUCACGCUCACCCACUGCUAUGAUCCGGAUGGCACUCGUCUAACCUCCCAGGAAAUGGGCACCAUGGACAUACGUCUCCGAGAGCCCACCGAAUGCAAAUGCUUUAAGUGUGGCGAUUUUACGCGUUGAUAAACGCGUCCCUAAAUCUAAUCGAAUAUUUAUACAUAUAUUUCUAAACAUUUCAUAGUGAAUGUAAAUCGAAUGUAUACAACACA